AUGUCAACAGGUCACACCCACUCACAUGACAACGGACUGUCACACUCACACGAUGGCAGCGAUGACUUUGGUGGCCACGGCCACUCUCACGAGAUCUACGAUGGUCCAGGCUCGUAUAUAAAUCGCGAGCAACCACUUUCUCAGCAUGAAGGGAGGGAUUGGAAGGAUCGAGCUUUCACAAUUGGCAUCGGAGGACCAGUUGGAUCCGGGAAAACAGCGCUGAUGUUGAAGCUAUGCCUCGCAUUGAGAGAUCAAUACAGCAUCGCAGCUGUUACCAAUGACAUUUUCACAAAAGAAGACGCUGAAUUCCUAACCCGCAACAAAGCUCUCGCCCCCGAACGCAUCUCCGCAAUCGAAACCGGAGGCUGCCCUCACGCCGCCGUGCGUGAAGACAUCAGUGCAAACCUGCUCGCCCUCCAAACCCUCCAACGCAAAUUCAACACUGACCUGCUUCUCAUCGAAUCCGGCGGCGAUAACCUGGCUGCAAACUACUCUCGCGAAUUGGCCGAUUUCAUCAUCUAUGUCAUCGACGUCGCUGGUGGGGAUAAAGUGCCGAGAAAAGGUGGCCCGGGGAUUACGGGUAGUGAUUUGUUGGUUAUUAACAAGAUUGAUUUGGCGGAGGCUGUGGGCGCGGAUUUGAGUGUUAUGGAGCGUGAUGCAGGCAAGAUCAGAGAAGGGGGUCCGACGGUGUUUGGGUCCGUAAAGCAUGGCAAUGGGGUGGAUCAUAUUGUGAAUUUGAUUGUUAGUUCGUGGAAGGCCAGCGGUGGGUAUGAGACGAGUUUGGAGAGGUGGAAGAAUGGUGCGCCUAGGAAUUCGGGGAACGUUUGA